AGAAAGAGACCCAGAAUGGUCGGUCGGAGCGUAUAGCUCACCACCGCUGCUCGGUAUUUUUAGUGCGUCGAGAGUAUUUGGCGGGGCGCACCGAAUCUCCUCCUCGUCUCUUCGUGAACGGUCGACGGUCGUCGUCGUCGUCUCCGUGACCGCCGUUGUGGUCGUGCUUUUAGUGCCUUGGUGGCGUCCCUGUUGCGCGAUCGACGGUGAUCACACCUCCAGCCGAGUGAUGCACCUGCGGCCAGGAACGCGUUGUCAAUCCCUCCUGUACUUGCUGGAUCGUUUCUUCUCAUCUCUGGAGCAAUUCUCUUCUUCUUCUACUUAUUCUUCCACCUUCUUCUUCGUCUUCUCUUAAUCUCUGAGCUGCGCGUUUGUAGUUGAUGAUAUUUCUCGUGGUCCAAUCCUGGGUCUCGGAUGUGUCACACUGGGAACGCUCGGCAAGGUCUGGCGGAACGACCUUGAAGAGGUACUCUGACCAGAGAGAGAAUCGAGAAGCUGUAUUGUUUCAUCGAGAGGCAGCACGAUUCGAGGAAAACGUGCACAGAAGCGAGACUGGAGAAGCGAAAACAAACAGGAUUACGAGGAAGUAGCCGUGUGAAAUAAUCAGAGGGAGAGAGAGAGAGUUUGAACAAGUCGUUUUUGGCAAGGCACAGGCACAGUUGGUGCGGAGGUUUACUCUCGGUUCGAUCGAGAGAAUCGAGGGAUAUCUACGUAGGCGUCUCUAACUACGUCUCAAUGUUCAUCUUCGCGCCACGUGACAACAUGUCGACGUCUCGUCAGGGCUCGGCGAGCCGGCGAAAUCGGUACGCGCGUUCCUCGACGACCACCAGCGUCACACAGCUACUCAGCGACUCGUGUUCGAGUCUUCUGCAACGUUUGACCACUAGGGUGCGAGGAAUGUCGACGGCGAACGACAACGUGGGCAACAAAACGCCUGUUACGAGACGUUCGCCGAUCGCCGGUCAACUGAAUACCGCGAGAGCCCGUUUGGAGGACAAAUAUUGCACCAUCCUGGACAAGUAUUCGAAGAAGAAACACCACGAGCACAAUCACACGUCCGUCGACUAUAGACGCGCUCACGAACGAGAGCACAGCUAUUAUCGCCGCGAGGAUAGCCCGUUCGUGCGCGAAGAAAAGACUCUAGAACCUUCAAUGACUCGAACCAUCAUCAAGAGUCCAACCAGCGUGGUGUUGUCGGAGAAAGCCUAUCCCUACGUGAAAUCUCCCACGGUGAAGGAGUUCAAACGCGAGAAGACACCUGCUUAUCAUCGAACGGACAGGCAAGGAUUGCUGAAUUCCUCCAACUCCGAGAGAUACAGAAGAUACGGUAGACACAAGUCUGGCCACGCUGAGACUCGUACGAGAAAAGUUCGUCCGUACAGAAACGGCAAGAGCGAACAAUUAGAAUCUACUUCUACGGCUCUUCGACUUUCUCGACCGAUGAAAGGUGAUCCUACAGCUGCAGCAGUCGCGAAGGAGAAGAACGACGAUGAUCCUGAUAAGACACCGACUAUCAGCGUAGCUAAAGACACCGUGGUGGCGAACAAUAGUACCGUUCAAGUGUUACCAGAAGUGGACGAUGAGGAUCCGGUGAUCUCCGAGAGAGCCGCGAAACGAAAGGAGAUCCAAAGUUUGAUCCUGAAAUAUGCGGCCAUGGAAGAGACCUAUACCCAAUUGGCUGCUUGUGGCCAGGUGAAGAUGCGACCUAGUACCACGGACAUAAUCGCCAGCAAGUAUAGGAAAAGCAUCCAGCAAAACGAGCGAAAAGACGCGUCGAAGAGCGCGGUAGUAGCCGCGAGUGUCGUUAACAACAACGCGGACACGAUCCAGGACGCGAUUAGCCCACGACCGCCCUCCGUCGAGGACGACGAAGACGGCCACCUUGUUUACCAAUCCGGCGACAUCCUGGCAAAUAGAUAUAAAGUACUGGCCACCCUAGGAGAGGGUACUUUUGGAAAAGUUGUCAAGGUUAAGGACUUGCAAAUGGAUCACGUGAUGGCGCUGAAAAUCAUCAAGAACGUAGAGAAGUAUAGGGAAGCCGCGAAGCUCGAAAUAAACGCCUUAGAGAAAAUUGCAACCAAGGAUCCGGAAGGCCAACACUUGUGCGUGAAAAUGCUUGACUGGUUUAAUUAUCACGGACACAUGUGUAUCGCCUUCGAAAUGCUUGGACUUAGUGUAUUUGAUUUUUUGAGAGAUAAUAAUUACCAGCCUUAUCCGUUGGAGCACGUUAGACACAUUGGAUAUCAAUUAUGCUACGCCGUCAAAUUCUUACACGAUAACAAACUCACGCACACCGAUCUGAAGCCCGAAAAUAUAUUAUUCGUAGAUUCCGAUUACGAGAGCAUAUACAAUAGCAAAAAGAAGUUUCUCCUUUUUAAGAGAAGGGAUAUCAGGCGCGUAAAACGAACAGACAUUAGGCUCAUCGACUUUGGUAGCGCUACGUUUGACCAUGAACAUCACAGCACCAUCGUUAGCACAAGACAUUAUAGAGCGCCUGAAGUAAUUUUAGAAUUAGGAUGGUCUCAACCUUGUGACGUGUGGUCGAUUGGCUGCAUCCUCUUCGAACUGUACCUGGGUAUUACUUUAUUCCAAACACACGACAACCGUGAGCACUUAGCGAUGAUGGAACGUAUACUUGGCACGAUUCCACAUCGUAUGGCCCGCAAGACUAAGACUAAGUACUUCUAUCACGGCAAAUUAGACUGGGAGGAGAAGAGCUCCGCUGGUAGAUACGUUCGGGACAAUUGCAAACCUUUACACCGUUGUAUGCUUUCGGAUGACGAAGAACAUCGACAAUUGUUCGAUGUCAUUCAGAAAAUGUUAGAAUACGAACCAUCCCAGAGGAUAACAUUGAAGGACGCACUCUCACAUCCAUUCUUUGAUGCGUUACCUGCGCAUCAAAGAUUACCAGACCUUCGUGCAGCUGGUGACUCUCAACAAAGCCAUGAACGAUCCCACUCUCUCUCCCGAUGAAGCUAGGAAAGGGACCGACUUCCGUGCUGGACAGACACUCCACUAUCAACGACACUACUGCCCGACAUCACUAUCCUUACAUCCUUAAGUCUCGCACGAUUGUGUCUUUCCCGCAAUAAUGAGAUUCGAUGACGUAAUCCGUUACUUAAAAGAAUGAAAUUAGAAUGUAUAGUAAAAAACAAAAGGAAAGAAAAGGUGGUUCGAAAUUUUAUUACGGAAUAUGAUCGAAUUUGAUAGUAACGAUAGAUAAUGUCGGUUGAAUUGUAAAUCGUAUUGUUUACUAACGACAUAAAAUAAAUGGAAAAGCAGUAGUGCAAUGGUGCUGUGGAACUCGGACUCAAUAGAAUCUAAUUAUAACGGGUCGUUGUGAUGAUCUUUGCAUCAAGAUAUAAAAGGUCGAUAUUCUUCAUCUCCGUUUGUGAGACAUCGAAAUUAGUAGACAUCCAAAUCUCUUGAUGAGGUCCCUGUUACUAGCUUGUAAAACAGCUAGUGUGUCUGCUCAGUGUAGCGUAACAGAGUCCCGCCACUGUAAACAUUUUCUAAACGCUCUUCUGUACAUUUUAUCCUUUAAUUUUAUUACAAUGUUAUUAUGCAACAAAGUUUGGAGUAAAGAAGGGUCGCAGUUUAUACUCUGUUUGUUAUAGAUUGAUGACCAUGGCGUGUUUAGU